AUGCCGGGCCCACACCGCCUGGCCACCCCCACGCCCUUCUCCCGGCUGAACGCCUGGGUGGAGGCGACGCCCUCUGCUCCUAAAGAGCUUCUACUGAAGCCUGCUGCUAGCACCCCUCCUGCAGCCUCUGCUGCAGCAGCAGCAGGAACAGCAGCAGCAGCAGCAACAACAACGGCGCAUGCCGCUGUCGAUAGCCCUCUGGGAAGGGGCGAAUCCUUCAUUGGCGCUGCAGAUGCAGGUGCUGAAACAGCAGCAGCAGCAGACUCAGCCGGAGCAGCAGCAGCAACAGCAGCAGCAGCAGCAGCAGCAGCAGAAGGUGAUGCUGCUUCUGAUUGGUCGGCGUUAGAUGACUCCUUCUUGCUGCACCUCAGCAGCGACCUGCGGCGACAGGUUUGGUGCUAUCAUUUGCUGCUGGGGGGCCCCACAGAAGAGGGGGGCCCCUUCCCUCGUCUCCCUUCGUUUGCUUCACAUAGCAGGCCCCCGUCUUUGUCUGUAUUGCUUGCAGAUCUUUUAUCUUUUGUUUUUCUUGUCUCGCCAAACUGCUGCUCUCUCACCUGCUUUCACAAACAAAGGCCCCCGCAAACGCAUUCAGGGGCCCCUGCUGCUGCUGCUCUUGUUGCUGCUGCUGCUGCCCCGCUGGAGCAGCAACAAGAGCAGCAGCAACAGCAGCAGCAGCAGCAGCAGCAGCAGCAGUUCCAAACUAGCAGCAAACCCACUUCGCCUUCUCAUGCUCCAGCAGCAGCAGCAGCAGCUGCUGCUGCUGCUGGGGCUGUAGGCCUGCAGCAGAAUGACCCGCUUGGCGCUGCGCUGCUGCAGGCACUCGUUGUGUUGCUGCUGCAGUUAGAGAGCUCAGCUUCUGGGCUGUCUGAGGGGCCGCAGCAGCAGGAGUCUCCAAGGGGGCCCCUUGGGGGCCCCCUAUCCCUCGGUGUUAGCCGCGCUUCUCUGUUUCGCUCGUUGCUGCUGCUGCUGCUUGGCUCUUCUUAUUUACAUCUCAUUGCGCUGCUGGGAAGUUCUGCUGAUGCGGACCCGCAGCAGCAGCAGCAGCAGCAGCAGCAGCAGCAGCAGCAGCAGCAGCAGCGGAAGCAGUGUCCUUCCUUUUGGAAGUUCAUUUCUAUAUUUGGGGCUGAGGCUGCAAAGGAUUUGCUGCUGCUGCAAUGUGCUCAGCAGCCAGCAGCAGCAGCAACAACACCAGCUGCAGCAGCAGUGCCUUCUAGUGCUGCUGCAGCAGCAGCAGCAGCAGCCUCCUCUCUCAGAGACUCCGAGGGGCCCCGCCCCAGCUGCAUGUCUUCGCUGCUGCUUCGCUGGGGCCCCCAGUGGGGGCCCCCUGACCGAAGUUCUUUGAUAGGGGUAUCUCUGGGGCUGCAGAAUUUGCUGCUGCAGUGCAGCAACACAAUGCUGCAGGUCUCCCUCUGUCUCCAACCACCGUGUGCAGCGGCUUCAUUUGGGGGCCGUGCUGCACCUGCAGCAGCAGCAGCAACAACAGCAACAGCAACAGGUGGAGGAGCAGAAAACUCCUGGACCUGCAUUCCUGCCGAAGCAGCAGCAGCAGCUGCUGCUGCUGCUGCAUCGGCUGCUCGCAUUGCUGCAGACCAAAGCCUUGGGGAGUUCGUGCAGCUGCUGCAGCAGCAAAGUAUUGAUUCUCCCACGUGCCGCAGCAGCAGCAGCACCACCAGCAGCUGCUGCUGCUGCAUGACGGGGCCUUGCUGCUGCAGCAGCUCAAGCAUAGAACGAGGCCAGCAAGAAGGGGCACAGCCAAAUGCUGCGCAAGCGCCAGCAGCAACUGCUGCAGCAGCAGGAGAAGCAACUCCUGCUGCAGCAGCAGCAUCCCCUGCUGCAGCAAGUGACGCUGCUGCUGCGCCUGGUGUAACUGCGCUUGGUGCUGCUGCAGGAUCUGCACGUGCUGCUGCACCUGCUGCUGCUGCAGCAACAACAGCAGCAGCAACAGCAGCAGGCUCGCAGCAGCCAGAUGGUUUGUGGGUAUCCGUCUCAACUUUGCUGGAGCUGCUGCAGGAAGAAGAAGCAAGCCAGGCUGCAGCUUCUCGUUGUGCUACAGCAGCAGCAGCUGCUGCACCAGCUCCUGCAGCAGCUGCUGCUGCACCGGCCACUGCAGCAGAUAUAAAGCUGGAAGCACCAGCAACAGCAGCGGGAACCUCCUCUUCUGCUGCUGCAGAGGCUUCAAAUGCUGCAGCAAAGCGCAGCAGCGAGCAGCAGCGGCAACCCCACACAUCGGGCGAGGCUUCUCAGCGCAGCGACCAAGAGCAGCAGCAGCAGCAACAGCAGCAGCAGCUGCAGCAACAACAACUGCAGCAGCAGCAGACGUCCUCACCGCCGUCAACGGGGGGGGACGCCACUGCUUCUAGGGCAGCGUCGCAAGACUCAGCAGCAGCAGCAGCAGCAACAGCAGCAACAGCAGCAGCGGCACCUGCAUCAUCAGCAUCAAAGCAGGCAGAGGCUACAGCUGCGGGGAACACGGCAGCUGCGGAAGCUGCAGCAACAGCAGUAGCAGCAGCAGCAGCACCACCAUCAUCAACAGAACCAGCAGCGGAAGCGCAAGCGGCGACAGAAACAGCAGCAGGAGCAGCAGCAGCAGCAGCAGAAGUUGCUGCUGCGUCUCCUCCUAUCGAAGAUGCCUCUUCGCCAUCUACCCCUGGGGAUCUACCUCUAGGGCCGCAGCUGCAAGCUGCUGCUGCUGCAGUGCAGCAGCAAAUCUGCUGCUUUGUUCAGGAGGCCUGCCGCGCUCUCCCCCCGCCUCAUUUGCUGCUGUGGCAUGCGACGUGGGCUUCGCAGCGCACGCAAGUGGAGAUGCUGCUGCAGCAGCAGCUGCAGCAGCAGAAGCUGCAGCAGCAGCAAAUGCAGCAGCAACAUAUGCAGCAGCAGCAAAUGCAGCAGCAAGAGAUGCAGCAACAACAGAAACAGCAACAGCUGCUCCAGCAGCAGCAGGUGCAGCAACAGCAGCAGCUGCAACAGCAGCAGCAACUGCAGCAACAGCAGCAGCUGCAGCAUGCGGCUACCCAGGAGCUGCAGAACAGCCGGCCCUCGCACGUCCCCGCUGCAGUUGCUGCUCAGCUAGCAUACAGAGAGGCGAAGAACAGGCAAGCAGCAGCAGCAGCAAGUGCAGCAGCAGCAGCAGCAGCAAGUGCAGCAGCAACAACAGCAGCAGAAGACUGCGGAAGGGCUUCACGGGGCUCAGAGGGGGCCCCCCAGGGCCCCUUUGCUGUUCGGAGGGAGCUGCCGUGGUUAAGAAGGCCAGGGUCAACGCAGCACUGCAGCAGCAGCAGCAGCAGCAGCAGCAGAAGUUAUGCAGGGCUCCCAACCAAAGGUGUCUUAGUGGGCCCCAUAGCGGACAGGAAAGGCAGAGCAGCGAAGCUUGCUCGGCAGGAGGCUGCUGAUCUGCAGCAGCAGCAGCAGCAGCAGCAGCAGCAGUGGAGCGCAUCCGAGUGCGGCGAGGCAGCAGCAGCAGCAGCAGCAGGAGCGGAGCAGUGGGUAGCAGCAGCCUUUUAA